UACACUGUAUAACAUUCAUGACAUGGCAACAAAAAUAAUCUAUUUCACAGUGAAUGGGAGACCAGAGCAGGCAGAGUUCCCACUGGAUUGUCCUGCACAGGAUGUCAAAGAUCUUUUCCGCUCCGCAGCCGAGGCUGGGCCCCAUGACAUCCUGAAGCUCUACAACCCCAAAGGCAACAUCAUCAACAUCUCUCCGGCUUUGAAGCCCAACAGCCCAAACUCCUGCUACAAGCUGGAGGUGGUGGCCGCUGACUGCAACAGUGAGCCGUUAGGUGUGGAGCUUGCUGGUGCGCUAGGAUUCGACUUCUCGUCCAUGGAGAAAAGACUGCAGGGCCUGGAGAAGAAAAUCCUGAUUGAGGCAGGUGAGACUCCUGCAGUUGUUUACGAGAUGAAGAAGCAGGUGGAUUCAUUUCGGGAAAAGCUAGAGAGUGUGGAGCAUCUGAGCUGGCUGGGACUGUUCAAAGAUCUGUCGGAGGGAGCACACAAGCCGUCGCCGUUCUACCACAAGAGGACGCUGCGGAAAACCAGAGAGGAGUGUGACCAUGUGCGGGAAAAGUUCCUACAAAUGAGCUCUCUGGAGGUUUCAGAGGAAGUGAGGCAAUACUUAAAGACUCCAACCUUUGACAACUGGCAGUGGGAGGAUGCAGAGAUCAUGGUGCUGCUGCAGGUCAUGUACACAGACUUAGACUUCAUCGCCACCUUCAGGAUCGAGACCGAAGUGCUGCAACAGUUUCUGUUUGAAGUCUACAGGAGAUACAACAACAUCCCGUUUCACAAUUUCAAACACUGCUUCUGUGUUACCCAGAUGAUGUAUGGUUUGAUCUGGCUCAUUGACCUGAGGAAUAAGAUGGACGCCAUCGACCUGCUGAUCAUGUUGACCUCUGCAGUCUGCCAUGACCUCGACCACACAGGAUACAAUAAUGCCUAUCAGAUAAAUGCUCGGACCGAACUUGCUCUUCGCUACAAUGACAUCUCUCCGCUGGAGAACCAUCACUGUGCUGUAGCUUUUGAGAUACUGGAGAAGACAGAGAGCAACAUCUUCAGAAACCUGUCCAUGGAUCAAUACAAACGAAUAAGAGAGGGAAUCAUCAAAUGUAUUCUGGCCACUGACAUGACGAGACACAAUGACAUCCUCAAUAAGUUCAAGUCCAUCUUGUCUGACUUUGACUUCACCAACAAGGACCACAAAGAGGUGUUGAUGAUGAUCCUGAUCAAAGUCAGUGAUAUUUCUAAUGAGGCACGGCCCAUGGAGGUGGCUGAGCCCUGGCUAGACUGUCUCCUGCAGGAAUUCUACAACCAGAGUGACAUGGAGAAGCUAGAGGGUCUCCCAGUGACCCCCUUCAUGGACCGGGACAAAGUAACAAAACCUUCUUCUCAAACUGGCUUCAUCAGAUUUGUUCUUCUGCCUCUCUUCAUCGAACUGGCCAACCUCUUCCCCUGUCUGGAGCAGCACAUCAUUGACCCAGUCCGGAAAGCUCUCGACUACUACACGGAGAUGGAGAAAGCCCUGGAGAGGGAGAAACAGAACUGGGCUCAGAGUGAAAAUACUGCGAAGAGCAAGGACAACGUUGAGGGCCACACAGAGUCUGGGCUCGACGCCGCCUCUAAACUACAUGCACAGAACACAACUGUGGUGGAAGAAACAGUGAAGAAGUAAUCUGAGGCAUGUUCAUUGAAAAUGGUGCCACAUUAUAUUGAAUUGACCAAAUUUAAAGCUGUAAUGCAUACGUUUUGGUGAUCGUUGUUGUUAUUGUACCUCUGUUUGGUCUUUCAAAUUUGUUUGCAGUGUAUUACCUCUGUCUGUCGUGACAUUAAUCUCAUCACUUCCUGUAUGUUUUGACUGUAUUUCUAUUUAUACGUCAGUUUCAAAAUGUAAUCAGGCUGUUUGUAAAUCCCGUUUCGUCUUCACACAUUUUUUUUCCAUACCCCUGGGGGUACAAGUACUCCAGCUUUGGAAUCACAUGUCUAGACAGAAGUUUGCUUCUAACACAGGCCUUUAGUAGAGACGGGGUAAUAAAAGAGCUAAGGAGGAA